CAAUUUCUAAAGGCAGCCAUGGCGGAAUCAAGCACAAGUCCCGCUGUGGAACAGGCGAUGGACAACACCGCAAAACACGUUUUGCGGAAGAUCGACAAACGAUUGGUUCCCCUCAUGUUCAUUACCUAUAUGUUGAACUUUAUGGAUAAGACGAUCCUAUCCAGCGCGUCCGUAUUUGGACUCAAGGAUGAUACGGGAUUAGUUGGCCAGCAAUAUAGCUGGGUUUCCUCCGUUUUCUACUUUGGUUAUUUAGGGUGGUCAUAUCCCACGACUUUCUUGAUUGCCCGCCUGCCAAUUGGUAAAUAUUUGACAGCCAAUACGCUUCUUUGGGGAGCAGUGGUGGCUCUCACUGCGGCAUGCAGCAACUUCGGGGGCCUCAUCACAGUCCGCUUUUUGCUGGGCAUUGCCGAAGCGACAACCACACCUGCCUUCAUGUUUAUUACAUCCACAUGGUACACUCGUGAUGAAAUCCCUACCAGAACAGGCAUAUGGUUUGCUGGAAAUAGCAUGGGUGGUAUAGUUGCGAGUCUUCUCGCUUACGGACUGGGGCAUAUCAACGAUAGCGUGGGUCCAUGGAGAUGGAUGUUCAUUGUUCUGGGCCUGUUAACAUUCCUAUGGGGCUUCAUGGUGUGGUUCCUGCUCCCAGACUCAAUUUCAAAAGCCAAAUUCCUUUCCGAAGAAGAGCGUAAGCUUGCGACCAACAGAGUACUUGUUGCAGGAACAGGCACCACAGAAGAGACUGUCUGGAAGUGGGAUCAGGUUGUCGAAUGUCUCGUGGAUCCGAAAACGUGGCUUAUCUUUGGCCUGGAGCUAUUGACUCAGAUACCAAAUGGAGGCACCCAGAACUUUUCCAACCUUGUCAUUGUGUCUUUCGGCUUUACGAGCCUUCAGUCUACACUGAUUAACAUCCCAUACUCGCUCAUUACAGUUGCGACCAUUAUGGGUACGGGCUGGCUUGCAGGUCGGUUUCGCCAACUCAACUGCCUACUAAUCAUUGCCGUCGUUAUCCCCUGCGUGAUCGGCAGUGCAAUCAUCUACUCCCGCGCUCAUGUUGUUCUGGGCGUCCAACUCUUCGGUUACUUCUUGCUUUCCACUGGGUCCGCAGCAAUGCCUCUCGCCCUAUCGCUCGUGCAGGCCAAUUACCGCGGUGUUACCAAGAAGAUGACAGUGACGGCCCUGCUUUUUAUGGCAUACUGCGCUGGAAAUAUUUCGGGCCCUCAGUUCUUCCUCACUAGCGAGGCACCCACAUAUGGGACCGCGUUUCGCACUAUCAUGAUUUGCUACGCCCUCACCAUCGUGCUAGCAUUAUGUCUGCGAUUCUACCUAAAAUGGAUGAAUGACAAACGUGUGCGCUUGGAAGGAUUCCAAGGAAGCGCUGGAAAUGCGGGCGCCGUUGGGGGCGGGAAGUUGCUGGACGGGGACAAUAAUCCCCAAAAUGUGGGCGACAUGGUGACUCAGGUCCGGCUAGUAUCUGAUGAUUAUGAGGAUAUCACGGACUGGAAGACUCCAGGUUUCAGAUACCGAUAUUAG